AUGGUCAUGGUUGCAGUAGCAUCUCUCAGCCUAUUACUGUCACUUUGGCAAUUGUUUGAGAACAAGCUAUCAAGAAAUUACACAAAGAUUCGCUUUCGAACAACAGUUCUCCGCAAUUUGGUACAGAUAGUUUUGGUCAAUUUAUUUUUCUUGAUCAUCCGCCUAGUGGUGUACGCAAUGUACCAAAAAGAUGAAUCUAUCUUCAUAACUAAGAAUAUCAUAUCAAUAGUUUGGUCCAUUCUGGACACUAAGGCACAUUGUGAAUCACAUUCAGUUAAAUUUUGGUCUGUGUUAUGUAAGAGUUGUUUCGGCCUGAGAAAGAUUAAUCUGGCAAGGAGUGUUUGAUGUCACUUUUGAAGCAAUGCACAAUUGGUUUGGGGGAGACUUUGUGAAAACUGCAUAGUGAAAGUACUCAGCUUUCUUUAUUUCUAUCGUUAUACUUUCUCUCACAACAUAAAUUCUAUUGCUGUAUGACAGAUACAGGCCUACAGUUGCAUCGCUAAUGCUUCAAGUUGUGACUCAGGAUAUCUCAGGACUAUUGUGUCAUGUAUAGUUAUCAACAAGUAGCACUGUAAACAGUGUCGUCUGAAACAAUCAUGAAGCAAGGUAACACAAAAUAAGGACUGUGCUUCUCACAGUUUUCAAGUAUUUAAGCUCAAGUUGGCAACCCAAACACCAAAAAGUCCACGAGGCCUUUUCUUCACGUGACAUAGAUACGCAAACUUAAUAAAGGUGUAUCGCCUAUCACAGUGUGAAAUAAUUAAUGAACUUAGUCUUUCGACAAUAUAAAAGAAAAAUAAGAUCACUGAAGCCUUAUAACCUUAGCUUUGCUUGCCAAGUAGCAUCACAAAAGCACGAUAAAUAAAUUCAAACAACAAACGUUUAAUUACAAUUAAAUGUUAUUGUUGGAGACUGAGUUCCUCCUUAUGGGACGUCAAAACAACUAGUCGCAAAUUCAUUGGAUCGCUUCGUUUAUCUUGUGAGUGAAGCUGAAGCUUAUUUACCUAGGUAAGCGCCAUUUCUUCUGUUGUUUUUCGAUCAUUCUGUCAAGUUCGUCAACCUAUCGUGAGUCAUAGAUUGGUCUUUCCCUUAUUUAGAGCGAUUACUGGCGACUGUAGCGUUCGGAAUUAUCAUGACAGUUCAAUGCUUCCUCCUUGCCGCAUAUCCUGCGACUUAUGAAAACGAUCCUAACUGGUAUGCCGUAACAACUACGUUCUUUCCAGUAGUGUGCACGUGGACGUAUCUCGUACGUUUUAAAGCCGCAAAACUUCGAUGGUUGUUUUAUGUGUGGUAUUUAUACGUUAUU